GACUGAGUGAUCUCUCCAUUUUAUUCGGGGGUUAAUCUCUAUUUAAUUUCAGUUAAAGAACACAUGGAAGCUCUUUUAUUCUUUACUUGUGUUUGGCUAUUGGUGAAUUUCCGUUAAUUUUGGGUGUAUUUUCAGCUAGCUAGGGUUGCAUUGUGGAAAAAGUUUUUUUUUUUUUUUUUACGGAUUCUGAUUGAUGUAUUUAAUUUUUCUAGCUUUGUCUUAUUUUCGAAGUAGAUCGAAUGAGUUUAUGAAGAACAGGUGAAAUGUAGCGUUUUGAUCAAUCUCAGUGAUUGAAAAAUAGGGAUUUGAGGUUAUGCAGGAUGGAUAGCACCAUGGAUGUGUCAGGAGAACCAAUCCCAACAUCAUCGGUGUUGAUGGCAGCUGCGAAGCAUAUAGGGACUAGGUGCCGUGGUGAGAACAUAGCAUUUUUGAAGUGCAAGAAGGAUGAUCCCAACCCCGAGAAAUGCCUUGAUAAAGGACGUCAAGUAACUGAAUGCGUGCUUCACCUGCUGAGAGAUCUCCACCAGAACUGCAGCAAGGAAAUGGAUGCUUAUGCCGGAUGCAUGUAUUACCACACAAAUGAAUUCGAACUUUGUCGCAAGGAGCAGCAGGCGUUUGAGAAAGCAUGCCCCUUCUAAUAACCAGCAAGAACCUCCAUCCUGUGAGAUUGUGAUAAUAAAAUCACCCUGCGGAUUAUCUGUCGAAUGUACUUUAGAUCGAUCUUUUAACCAGCAAGAACUCUUUCCUAUACCGUGGAAUGCCAUGCUUGGGGAAAUCUUUUCGCCUUUAUCUUCGUGUUCAACUUUAUGUGCCAUAUUUUUCAUUGCUAUUAUUCUCAUACAUUUGUUUUGGGUAUGAAAGAUAUAUAUAUACUUUGUUCAA